UUCUCGUGACUUUGGUUUUGCCUAUUCCACUAGAGUUCAGAUUUAGCAGCAUAAUCUAGCGGAGAUUUUGGACGAUUCGCCAUGGAUGGAAGCAUUAGAGUCAGCAUACCGUCUGUUUCACUAAAGAUCGUGGUGUCAGUUCAUUUCAUUCUAACGAUAUGGGGUGAUCAAUCCCAAUGGUUACCGACCUCAUAUUUGUUCUGUAACUUAGCUGUUCUGGCUGUAGGAGUGUGGGCAAUAGCAUCACCAAGCAAUGAAGAUGCCUCUCAGUUGUUUCUGUUUGGAAUGCUGUUUACUAUCAUUCAUGACAUCAUAGUCAUAGCCAUCUUUUAUACUUCUGAUAUAUCAAUUUCUCACUACAGGUUUUGUGUGGGAAUGGCUAUUUUAAGUUUGAUUUUAAAGCCUCUGUCAUGCUUGCUUAUUUUUCAAAAUCACCGCAACAGGGGAGGAGGAGAAGGUUACAGCUGGGCAGGUUCAAAUUAUGUGACCAUAGAAGGCCAAUCAAGCUCACAGUCAGCUCCUGGACACUCUUCUCAUCCAUAAAACAAAACAAGAUUCCCUCUUUUGAGGGAUUAAAGAUAAGCAUAAUUGAUGCUUUUAAUAACAAACAAACUCUGAAGUUAUCAAAAUUUCAAUCAAGUAGCUCUUUCAAUUAGUAUCCUAAGUUUGCAAACUUUUCACAUAAAAAAUUCAAUGUUUUUGAAGGAUUCAAAGAUGAUAUUUUCUUCUUAAAUGUAAUUAAAUUAAUGUGCUAAAUAUGGUAUAUAGAGCUCUCAAGUUGAUUUGCUGUUACUCGAGGGCAAGAUCCUAGAUCUGGCAGCAUCACCUUUCUGGAUGGGUGCAUGUUCUACCCAGAAAUUUAGUGAACUCUCUGACCUGGAUAUAGGUGGCUCUGGACCAGAAUUUCUACUGUUGGAAAGUGAUCAGAGCAAGUACAAAGGGAAAAAGGAGUAACUAAUGUCUAGAAAGAUAAAUAAUGUAAUAUGCACUUAUUAAAGCAGUAGAUUAUUAUCUCAAAAUCAACAAUUUAAAUUAAAAAACCAUAAAUGGGUGAGAAAUACUGUAGUUUCAUUGUGAGAGUGUAAGAUUAGAAUUCUUCUCAUGAAUCUCACACUCAAUGUGGGAGACUUGAGAGCUCUGGGUAGUUAUCAUAGAAAUUGAGAUUGUUUCAACUUCAGAGCUUAUAUGUUAUCAAAAGGCAUGGUUAUCAGCUUGAUUAUAUUUAGGUUUAAUCACAAGUUGAAUGUUAGUUAGUUAGAGUAAGUUCUAGACCUUCACAUGGAGCAGCAUGUACCAAUCUGAUACCUGAAUAACACAGUACAUUUGUUAGAAAGUGCCACUCUUGGUAACAUAUAAUUAACUUAACAUGAAAAAAUUCCCAGUUAAAAAUGUCUGAUAGUUCAAAUUGGAUCUCAAUAGCUGCUACCGUUAUUAAUCCUUGACUGAAACAAAAUGUAAUAUUGCAAGUCAUUUUGUAAUGUAAACCAUUUUCUAGAAGAAUGGGGGAACAAUUUAAAGCUGCAGUAAUGAAUGCACCUCUGGGGAAAGGGUAGUAGAAAAAGAGAAUCAAUUUUGGCCUUGUGAUGCAUUUUAUUUGCAUUUUUUCCUUCUUGUUUUUGGCUUUUUUAGAUUUUUAGAAAUUAAUAUAUUUUGCAAAUUAGAACAAUCCAUUCUAUGAUAAAUGUGAAAGUUCACAAAGUAACCAGGUGGUCAAUCAGACAUGGUUUGAUGCUACUCUGGUUUAAAAAUUUAAUGAAUGUAACCAAGAAGUUACACGGUUUAUGUUACAGGAUCUAUGGAUUGUAACUUCUCAGUUAUAUUCAUUCAAUCUUUAAACCAGAAUAGCAUCAUACCAUGCCUAAUCCAUUCUGUGUUUUUAAUGAUGUAGUGGGUGAAUUCAAUCAAUGUUUGAACUAAAUACACACUCACCAGUCAUCUCAUAUGAGCAUAAUUUCAAUCCAUUUCGUAGGAUUGUGUAAAUGCUUUUAUAAUUAUCUGUAAUAAAUAGGUCUUGGUAUUUUCA